GUACUGGAUCUGACUGGGUGUGAGGGAAGACAGACAGGUCACACCCACUGCCACACACACAGACGAACACACUGUCCACAUCACACACAUCACAUCUACACACUUCCGGAAUCAGUCUACAGACACGCGACGCGAGAAUCACUUCAUCCAUUCCUGUGUCAAAGAUGAGUUACCCCGGAUACCCCCCUGCAGGUGGAAGCUACCCAGGUGGAUCUGGACCGUAUCAGCAGGCCCCAGGUGCCUUCCCUCCCCAACCUGGCGCUUAUCCGGCCCAGGGAGGAUACUUUCCACCUCAGCCGGGAGCGUUUCCUCCUGGAGCCGGAUACCCACAACAGGGUGGAGGAUACCCUCCUCAGGCUGGGGGCUAUCCAGCCGCUCAGGGUGGAGGAUUCUUCCCACCACAGGCCGGUGGUUACCCCGCAGCCCAGCCCGGGGGCUACCCGGCCGGCCAACCCGGGGGCUUCCCGGCCGGCCAACCCGGGGGCUACCCGACCGCCCAGCCAGGGGGCUACCCGAACAUGCCCCAAGCCGGUGGAUGGGGCGGUCAGCCUGGCUUUGGAGCUCCGGGAGCGGGUGUGCCUCAGGGUUACCCCGGGGUUCCUGCCCCAGGACAACAGCCCAUGCCACAAUACCCUGGGGCUCCAGUUCCCAACCCCUCCAUGCCCGGAUACGGAGGAGCUCCAGCUGGACCCGCUGUUCCUGCAGUCAAUAGGGGUUACCGUGGUACAAUAAAGGAUUUUCCUGGUGCCGAUCCACUCCGAGAUGUCGAAGUCUUACGGAAAGCCACGAAGGGCUUUGGAACUGAUGAGAACGCUAUAAUCGAGCUUCUGGGCAGUCGAUCCAUUAAGCAGCGCGUGCCAUUGUGCGCAGCUUACAAAACCACCUACGGCAAAGAUCUGAUCAAUGAGCUGAAGUCUGAGCUGACAGGAAACUUUGAGAGUCUUGUCCUGGCGAUGUUAAAGUCUCCUGCUCAGUUUGAUGCUUCAGAACUCAAGGAGGCCAUAGCGGGUGCAGGAACCGAUGAACCCUGUCUGAUCGAGAUUCUGUCCUCUCGUUGUAAUGCCGAAAUCCAGGAGAUCAACAGGAUCUAUAAGACGGAUUACGGAAAAAAACUGGAAGACGCCAUUAGCGGCGACACAUCCGGACAUUUCCGUCGCUUGCUCAUCUCCCUCUCUCAGGGUAAUCGAGAUGAGAAGGAGACUGUGGAUAUUUCUCUGGCCAAGCAGGAUGCUCAGAAACUCUACGCGGCAGGAGAAAAAAAAGUCGGCACGGACGAGUCUCAGUUUAAUGCCAUUCUGUGUGCUCGCAGCAAACCUCAUCUCAAACAAGUUUUUCACGAGUAUCAGCAGAUGUGUGGAAAGGACAUCGAGAAGAGCAUCUGCGGCGAGAUGUCUGGAAAUGUGGAGUCUGGCAUGGUGGCUGUGGUGAAGUGCAUUAAAAACACACCUGCGUACUUUGCCGAGCGUCUGCACAAGGCCAUGCAGGGUGCCGGUACCAAAGAUCGGACUCUGAUCAGGGUCAUGGUGUCUCGCUCUGAGGUUGAUAUGUUGGAUAUCAGACAGGAGUUUUUGCGUCUGUAUGGGAAAUCUCUCUACACCACCAUCUCUGCUGACACGUCUGGUGAUUAUAAAAAGCUUCUCCUGAAGCUCUGUGGUGGAAGUGACUGAAGAAACAGAAGACCGAAGAUCACAAACAUGCCAUCGUCAUAUUAAUCGAAUACAUAUAAAUAGUUACUUAACCUCUCUAUAGAGUCUUUGAAAUACUGUACUCGCACUUCAUAGCCAAAUUAACAUUUCAUUUGUGCCUCAAAAAUAUAAUGUUUUAUUACACAAUUGUUUUAUUCUGUUGUCAAUAUCUAAUCAGACUGUGCAUGAUAUCUAUAGGUAUAUUUUUGCAUUAUUAUCAGUUUACGCAAUCUCUAGUACCGGAUGCCAAAUAUGUGAUCAUGACUGCAUUUGUGCCGUUGUUUAACAUACUGGAUCAUCCCUCGGAUAGAAAUACAAUCUGUUCUCCAUUGAAUAUAACCAGACACAUUUUGAAUGCCUUAGAAAAUGUUAUAUGCCUUGGAAAACUGAGUAACUUGAAGUGCUUUUUUGCCAUAGUUUAUAUAGCGAGCUUUACGAUAUCUACACAAACACAGUUCUCUAAAGACAAAGAAUUAUGUCAAUCAUUAUUAAAAUAAACGAUGUCGGUCAUCAUGAAGGUUUUAUUGCAUACAUCUCAAAGAAAUGUCAUAUUUCACCAAAAAAUCGAAAGAAAUUACAUCUUGCAUAAAAUGCCCUUUAGAGCCAGAUUUAUUUAAAAAUAAUGUAUUCAGUACAUGAAUUCAAUAUACCCUUAACUGUUAUGUAAUUUACAUUCGCAUAUUUUAAACAAUGUUUAUUUUCGUCAGAAAUAAUGCUACAAUACAAUUUUUCUGAUAUGCAGUUUAUUUCUUUUGAUGUUGGUGUGAAAUAUGAGGACGGGACAGGAUUGUGUGAAUGUUUUAUGACUGCUCCAGUAGAGGACAGUAAAGUCACCCAUCACUCCUCAUGGUCAUCUCUAGUGUAGAAAAACUUUAUCACCUGUUUAUAUGUUGUUCUGUUUAUUGACAACGAAGUCUCUUCUAAUUCAGGGAUAAAGUGACCUGUGUUAGUAAUAUGUUCACUUAACCAACUAAUCUUUUUUUAACCCACAUCAGCAUGUGUGGAGAAAUAAAGUCAUCAUGAAUGAUUCUCA